GAGGACUCAAGGCCUCCAAAUGUGGGUUGUGCUAUCCCCUACGCCUCCACAGCACGCCCGUUAAUUCCUUUUUAAGGAUGAUUAUUUCUAUCUUUUUUCUGCUCCUAUUUUUCACGCGGGGCGGUUAAUUCCUCCAGCUGUCUGUGAGUAUGUGGGGUCCAUCUUGGACAGGUCACCCAUCUGCUGCAGCAACAGCUAACCUAAUAUACAUAUUUCUGGACUGUGGGAAGAAGCCAGAGUACCCAGAGAAUGUCCACAUGGACAACAAGCCUGACCGCUGACUGGGAUUCAAACUGUGUCAUCAAAAUUAAUCCAGAAUCAAAAUGCUCAGUUUGAUUCUGCCUGAAGUCUUUCAGAAGAUUUAUAUUCAUAUUUAUAGAUUUUUGUUUGAAGAGGUGAAUAAUUCUACUUCCUGUUGAAAAGGCUAGCUUUGAGUGCUGCCAGUUCCUCAAGAAUGUGCGGGACGUGGCCACCGUGACACGCCUAUUGAAACAGUGUGACGUCAGCACGACGUCAGGUGGAUGUACAGUGACUAUUUUACGGACCUUUUUUAGUCUUUGUUUUGGUUUUUCUAUCCAAUAAAGUUCACGCAUAGAUAUUGCUUUACAUCGCUUGACUGCAUUACCUAAAUCUGGGUGUCCAACUUGUGGUCAGGGGGGCAUUUGCAGUCCCCAAACUGAUUGUAUGUGGCCCCUGUAAUAAUGCAUAUUCUUCCCCACAGCAAAAUUGUUUGAUGUAGAUAGAAACCUUCUAUUUUUGAUUAGGUCAACAUCAUCACAGACACAUUAAAGUCUCCCUACAGUAGAAAAUAUUGGCCACAGGAGCAAUUAUUAGUUUUUUAUUGCCUUUUUCUCAAGCUCUACAUCGUUCUUGUGACUUUUACUCAAAAACUCACUUUGCUGCCUCCUGAAGAAAAAUGAAAUAUUUAGAUUUAUAUGAAUCCAUGAGAACCGCAAGGUUCUCCACUGCUGAGAGUCACAGCAUCAUCGUCACUGCUUCCACUGAGCCUGAUGAUGUAUUUCCUGUUCCAGCUUCAGCCUCAGGAUGAAGAUGCUCUAACAUAUUUUACUUUCAGCAUCACUUGCUGUAGUGGAGUCAUUUUUUACAAGGAAGGGCGAGUGAGGCAGAGAGGGAGGGCAGUGAUGACAUCAUCAUCAGGAGGAGGAGGAAAACAGCAUCCUUCAUCAGACGGAGAGGAGAGAGGCAGAGAGGAGGCAGAGAAAACGCUGGGACGGGGAACAAAACAAGGGAGAAGAAAAGCUGAUGGUAUCUGAGAGCGGGGCGGACUGCGGGACGAGAGACACCCACAGAGACAGGGGGUCAGUGGGGGAGAGACAGGCUACAGCAGCAGUCCUCUGGGCCUGAUCAGCUGACUGCAACUCACCGGGGAGGGUGGAGCCAUGAUGGGCAAGGAUUACAUGCUGGCCAUCAUCAUCGUCAACUAUGAUGACAACAUCUGGACAGACCAGAACCUCCUCCUGGACCCCGACCUUCCCUCUGGCUGGAGGACAAUCAAAGACUCCACAGGGACCUACUACUGGCACGUUCCCACUGGUGCCACCCAGUGGCAGCACCCCCGGCUUACAGGGACACCAAAGACUCUCGAGACACAGUUUCAGCACGAAGAGGAAGGAGACCAGAGUGCCACCAAAGACACGGAGGGAGCCUCUGAGGAAUGGUCUUCGUGGCAGGAGGACUAUCUCACAGACCAUGACCCUGACUCAAAGUGCUUUGCUGUUCGCUCCCUGGGCUGGCUGCAAGUGGAGGAGGAGGAUCUGUCUCCAGGUCGCAGCAGCUUAGCUGUCAGCAAUGUCAUCCAGCAGCUGUCUCACUGCAGCAGCCCCGAGCAGAGAGACAGGUCUGAGGCCUGGGGCGAGGGCCGGGAGAUGAUGCUGGUUCUCAAGAAAGACACCUUGACCUUAUUGGACCCAUUAGACCACACCCCCCUCCAUUGUCAGCCAAUCAUCAACAUCCGAGUAUGGGGCGUAGGCUGCAACAACGGCAGGGACAGGGACUUCGCCUUCGUGGCUGGCGAUAAGGACAGCUGCGUCCUGAAGUGCCACGUGUUUCGUUGUAACGCUCCGGCCAAGGCCAUCGCCUCCACGCUGCAUGAGAUGUGCUCCAAGAUGAUGUCAGAGAAAGCGUUGAUGAGACCAUCGCGUUCUCUCACCAUGGAGAGCAUCUCACCUGAAGACCUGCCCAGACAAGUGGAGUUCCUGGAGGCAGUGAGACAGCAGGUCCAGAAGUUUGAGGUCCAGUACAUCGGGAACCUGCCGGUGUCCAGAGCCAUGGGUAUGGAGGUGUUGAACAGAGCCAUCGAAAGCAUCAUGAACUCCACAGACCGUGACGACUGGGAGCCAACAGUGAUUCACAUCAGCGACAGGGUUCUGUCUCUGUGGAAGGGGCAGCAGGAUGGAGAUGAGCCACUCUGGGAAUGCCAGGUGCGAUUCCUCACCUUCCUGGGUGUUGGCCAUGACAGCCACACCUUCGCUGUGAUCAUGGACGCUGGGACGCAGCAGUUUGAGUGUCAUGUGUUCUGGUGUGAACCGGACGCAGGGAUCAUCUCUGAGGCUGUCCAGGCGGCAUGCAUGCUCCAGUACCAGAAGUGUCUGGUGGCUCAGACUCCACCUCCCAGAACCAAAUCUUGGCGUGCGACUCCAUCCAAGGUGAAACGAGCCAACUCCAUGGAUGGCGUCACCUUUCCCCCGCUGACAUCCCAUCACCAUGGAAACAGCAGCAGCAGCACCACAUUGGUGCCGAUGCCAAAGGGCAGCAGCAGCAGCAGCAACGUGAGGAAAGGGAUGAUGGCAUUCUUCGAGACGUUCCGCAACAAACAAGCCGCCACCUCGUAGUGAUGGCCGCCGGACGCUGCUGGUCCGACCGGAUGCUGCUGGUCCGACCGGACUGCGAUGACAUCAGCGUCUGAACUGGCAACACCUGAAGCAAGGCCCACCUGAGGAGCAGCUGGGUUCCUGUAUUAUCUGUCGCUGCUACUGAACUGAACAGGAGGAAUGUCUGCAGGUGUCUGACCAAUCAGAGCGAUCAAUUCUUCCUCCGUUUAGAACAAACCAACUUGUAGAAACUGAACCGACUCAGGAUUUUAAGAUGUUAGCUGUAAAUACCAAGUUACUCCUUCACAGAACAGCAGAGAACUGUUCUGAUGAAGAGUGGUUAAGAUCCAGGAGGACUUUUGCCUCUGAUUUCCCUAAAAUGUCCUUCAAAAUCAGAAAAGUAGAGUUAGAGAGAAAGCUUCUUCCAUCCCAGACAGCAGCUCCUCUGUCUGCUUCAGCGUCUUCUGAACAGAAACCUUGAGUCUGCAGUGCUGCUGACCAUCAGGGGGCACACGUUAGUCUCACAUUUCCUGCUUUCCCUCCUGACUGGCUGAUGCCUCAGCAGGUUAAGGAGCUUUUAAGUUUCAGGAAGCAAUAAGCUGCUGAGACUCUUUAUGUCUGGAAAUGAUGUCAUGUAUGAAUGAAUCUGAAUAAAA